CAAUAUUAGUUUUCCUCGUCUUUUCCCCAUUGCUUUAUCGAUGAGGGAACACAUUGCACUAGAUUUCGUCGUUGAUUGCACUUUUGUCUGGCUGUAAGAUUCAGACAUGAGGAACUUACGGCUUGUAGACAGCCAUGUGGUGGAAGGGCUGACUGCUGUAUCAGAAACAUUGUACUUGUCUGUGGAUACAGAUGUUGGGACUGUGUAUGUUGCCACUUCAGAGUCAUUGAUUGCAUUCAGCCCAGAGACAAAAGAGGUAUUGUCAAGCAUCUCUCUACAAUGUGAGGGGGGAGACAAUGACUGUGGCCCUGUGGGUCUGCAGUACCUGUAUGACCAGCAGGCUGUCUGUGUGGCCACCAAGGAUGGCAGGAUGUGUCUGUGGCAAAUGAAUUCUGCAGAGUUGGAGUGUGUUGGUGAAGUCGCUCAAGGCCUCACAUCUAUGUCCUGGAGUCCUGAUUUGGAGCUUGUAGUUAUCACAACAGGUAACGACACACUGAUCAUCAUGACAAGAGAGUUUGAUGCAAUAACUGAAGUGUCAAUAAUACCUACUGAUUCUGGAGAAGAGAAUCCCAUCAAUGUAGGGUGGGGAAAGAAAGAGACUCAGUUUCAUGGAUCAGCUGGAAAACAAGCAGCAAAGAAACAGACAGUGCAUGUCAGUCCUGCAGGACCCAAAGACAACAGGCUUCCUGUAGUGAGAUGGAGAGGAGAUGGACAGUUCUUUGUUGUGUCCACAAUUGAUCCUGAAAGUGAUGCCCGUUUCUUGUACACUUGGUCACGAGAAUGUACCUUCCAGUCACGCUCAGAGCCCAUAGAUGGCCUCCAGCACUCAUUGUUCUGGAAACCUUCUGGGUCAGUGAUUGCCUCAGUGCAGACAAAUCAACAGAUGAAAGUUCAAGAUGUUGUUUUCUUUGAGAAGAAUGGAUUGCGACAUGGAGAAUUUAGGAUUCCAGAAAGUACAGAUUGUAACAUCUUUGUUCGCAGUCUGUCCUGGAAUCAAGACUCUACCGUUUUGGCUCUUUGUUUUGACGAGUCCACUGAAGAUGGGAGUCAGCCAGUUUCUGUGUUGCAACUGUGGACUGUUAACAACUACCACUGGUACCUGAAACAGACCCUCAGGUUUACUGCUGGAGUCUGUGUGGCAGAAUGGGAUGUUGAAUCUUUCUGCAAACUGAACGUCGUCACCAGGGGAGGAAUGUACAUGUCUUACACCUGGGCGUGGACCACAGACUCCAGCCUCAGCAGCUCUCCUGAAGCCUUAGCCUCUGUGGCUGUCAUUGAUGGAGACAAGCUGCUUGUGUCUCCAAUGAGGACAAUGGUUGUCCCACCUCCAAUGGCUGCUUUCACUCUCUCCCACCCUGUGCCGGUGAAUAGUGUGGCCUUUAACCUCUCUAAAGGCUCAAAUGAUCUUGCCGCAUUGAUGUCAGAUGGAAGGAUUUCAUUUUGGAGAUAUAAAGAGAGUGAGUCGCCAGAAGGAGGCAAGCUGGGUGCUGCCGGUGGAGAUGGCUUUAUUCCGAAGUGCAGCGUCCCUACAUUAUGUGCUGUAGCUCGGAUUGUGGGUCUGGAGCAGAGUGACGUGCCUCUGAGCGUGUCGAAUCUUCUGUGGCUGUCAGAGCAGCAGCUUCUGUUCUCUACCCUUGAUGAUUCAAGAUUGGUCAGUUUAAUUCACACUGCAAGUUUCAAUACAGAGGAAAACACAGUAGUUGUCAAAAAAUCCUUUCCUCUUGAGUCACACAUGAUUGGAAUAUGUGCAAGUUCUGAUGUUAAAAGCGUGAUCAUCCAGCUGUCAAAUGGAGAACUGCUGAAGUUUUACCCAGACACCGACAGCCCACUGCCGUUUGAGUCAGCAAGUGGGAGCACUGUAGCAUUCCCAUAUCCUUGCACCCACAUGGCUGCAGCUAUUGUAGGCAAUGAAGAAGUUGUGUUAGGCCUGACUGAAAAGUUCAGAUUCUAUGUCAAUGAUGUGGAGGUGGCUUCCAAUUGCACAUCUUUUGGUGUACACAAUGACUUUUUGCUGAUUACUACUCUGACUCACACUGUGCGAUGCAUUUGUAAGACAACAAAGCUGUCUGAUCUCCCAAAGUUAUCUGAUGGCAAGGCACAUCCAUUUGAUGAGAGCAUUCGGCGUGUCGAGCGAGGCUCAAGGAUUGUCACUGUGGUGGGCAAUGACACCAAGCUGGUGCUGCAGAUGCCAAGGGGAAACCUUGAAACUAUUCACCCUAGGGCUCUGGUGCUGAGCACAUUGAAACAUCUCUUGGAUAGUGAUCGUAUCCAGGAGGCUUUUAUGGUGAUGAGAAAACACCGGAUCAACAUGAAUCUUCUGUAUGACCACAGUCCUAGUCUCUUCCUGGAGAACUUAGACCAGGUCAUUGAACAGAUUCAGUCUGUGAACCACCUCAACCUCUUUUUGACAGAUCUCAUUGAAGAAGACGUCACGCGCACAAUGUAUACAGCAUCGUACCAGAGGAUGCCAGAGCUUGAGGGGGAGUCAGACCAACAGACACAGUCUAAAGUAGACAAGAUCUGUAAUGCUGCACUCGCUGCCUUCAAGAGACUGGAUGAAGACAAAUACCUGUUGUCUAUCAUCACUGCAUAUGUGAGGAAAACCACGCCUGAGCUGGAACAGGCUUUGCUCCUGGUGUGGUCUCUCCAUGGAAAGGAGUCCACAAGUGCAGGCGUAAGUGCAGAGCAGGCCCUGAAGUAUCUGCUGUUCUUGGUGGAUGUGAACACUCUCUAUGAUGUGGCCCUGGGCACUUACAACUUUGAUCUUGUCAUGAUGGUGGCAGAAAAAUCUCAGAAGGACCCAAAAGAGUACAUUCCUUUCUUGAACAAUCUUCGGCGUUUGGAGGAAACCUACCGGUACUACACCAUAGACAAGCAUUUGAAGAAGUACUCAAAGGCAUUGGAACAUAUCUCUAAAUGUGGGGAAGAUCAUUUUGAGGAAUGUGUCGGUUUGGUGUCAGAUCACAAGCUUUACUCAAAGGCACUUCGGCUUUACACACCUGGCUCUGCACCGCACAAGCACAUUGCAGCUCUGUAUGGAGGCUACUUGCGGAGUAAAAACCGUCACGACGAGGCUGGCAUUAUGUAUGUCAAGGCUGAAGAGUGGGAGCUGGCCCUGGAGGCAUUCAUUGCAUCUCACGAAUGGCGUCAGGUCUUCUGUAUGGCAGCCAAGCUAGAGUACAGUGCCAACAGACUAUCGGAACUUGCGGUCAAAGUGGCAGGACACCUUAAAGGGAAACAGAGGUAUGCUGAAGCUGCUCAGGUUUUCGAGCAGUACGCACAGGACCCAGAAGAAGCUGUUGCUGCUUUGAUUGAGGGAGCACACUGGAAUGAGGCUCUGCGAGUGAUGCAUAAAUACAAGCGUUUGGAUUUGAUUGAGACUCACUUGAGGGAAGGUCUAGAGGAAAGCUGGGAACACCACAUGGAAAUGCUCACGGCACAGAAGGAACAGUUCAACAAGUACAAAAAGAGAUUGAUGCUUGUCAGAAUACAGAAAGAAAAAGCAAGAUCUAUUAUGGAGGGAGCUGCAGAAUACAAUGAUGCUGAUGCUGAUCUGUUCUCGGACACCACCAGUAUGACAGGCGGCAGUGUUGCCUCACUCACAUCUGUGAACAGUUCUCGGUCAACCGUGUUUAGCAAGGCAACUGGAUCCUCGAGAACUCGUAGGAAAGCUGAAAACAAGAAGUGGAGCCUGAAGGAGGGAAGUGUAAAUGAAGAGUAUGCUUUGGUGGACGCUCUGGCCCAGAUCAUCAAGAGCACUGAAGGCCUCAAAGAGGAGACAAAUGUCUUGAUGAAGACAUUAAUACAGUUUAAUUACGAUGAUAAAGCCUGUCAGUUGCAAGAGCUACUCAAUGGAUUUCUAGCCCAGAUCCAAGCCUCUGUGUCUACAAUCUGGAUCUAUACUCCUGGGAGCUGCUCGGGCGGAAUGAGUUUGGGACCAAACACAACAGCAAGUGCCAUUGCUCAGGCAAUGCAGAGUGGAAAAAGGGUUCAGGCAGAGGAGGAAAAGCUUGAUCCAGUUCUCCUGGUUCCUCCAACUUUGAGCAAGCACCUGAGAUGGAAACUUCACAUGGCUGGUGGUGAUGAUGAAAAGUGAAUUCCUUUGUGCUGCCCCUCAACAUUUACUGACUGGACUCAUAUUCAGGGAAGCCUAACUCCUGCUGGCUGUACUGCACUAUUUGGCCCCUUUCUUGAUUUUUUGUUAGCAGCAGCAUCACAUGCUCAGCACUGUGUCAUUGUGUAUUUAUGACAUGUCAUUCUGAGGAUGUUCAGAUGAAACUGAGUUUAGCUUCUAUGUUUCACAAAUUUGUGUAAUAUCAAUAAAUUGUAGGCCUAUAUGGUAGGAUAAGAUGACUUUUCACUUGAAAUAAUGUGAACGAUUGGUUUCUUCUUCACUUUCGUCCUUUUCUCAAAUACUAAGAAUUUUGAAAGUCUGUUGCAAGCUUUGAGCAAGGCAUCAUAAUUCAUAACCCAUGUGUUACUGUGGUUUGUACAAGAGAGAAAGAAAAGCCUGUCUUCAUUUUUUUUCAAAGACGUUAAUGAUAAAUGUGGCACAAGUUCAUGACCAGGUAUUCCAAUAUGAUGAGUUCUUGUGCAAACUGGGGUUUUUGUCUCCUGUGUUGAUGAUAAAGCUAAAACCUAUUAAAAUAUUCGCUUGAAGUAUU